GUGGAUCUUUCCGUCACUUCCUCUGGCAAGUCUGUAAAGAGCUGCAGAGCUCCUCACUCUCCCUCCUCCUGUUGUGCCCCAGCUCAGCAGUCAACAAGAAUAAGGGGAAGUACAUCCUGACACCCAGCCCCAUCACCUACGCCGAGGAGCAGCUCUUCCACUUCUUCGGGCAGCUCUUGGGCAUUGCCAUCCGAGCAGACGUCCCCCUGCCCCUUGACCUGCUGCCCUCCUUCUGGAAGACCCUGGUGGGGGAGCCCCUGGAUCCUGACGUGGAUCUCCAGGAAGCUGACAUCCUCACCUACAACUACGUCAAAAAGUUUGAAAACAUCAAUGACGAGACAGAACUGGAAGCUCUGUGUGCAGAAAUCGCUUCUCAGCACCUAGCAACAGAGAGCCCUGACUGUCCCAACAAGCCAUGCUGCAAGUUCACCUACCUGACCAUGACAGGGGAGGAAGUGGAGCUCUGUCCCAGAGGCAGGCACGUUCCAGUGGGGUGGGAGAACAAGGACGUGUAUGCAGCAGCCAUCAGGAGCCUGAGGAUGCGGGAGCUGCAGAGCCCAGAGUGCAUGACCGCCGUGCGCGCCGGGCUCGGCUCCAUCAUCCCCCUGCAGCUCCUGACCACGCUGACCCCGCUGGAGAUGGAGCUGAGGACGUGUGGCCUUCCCUACAUCAACCUGGAGUUCCUCAAGGCACACACCAUGUACCAGGUGGGCCUGAUGGAGACCGACCAGCACAUCGAGUUCUUCUGGAGCGCCCUGGAGAUGUUCACUCAGGAGGAGCUCUGCAAGUUCAUCAAGUUUGCCUGCAACCAGGAGCGAAUCCCCUUCACCUGCCCCUGCAAAGACGGGGGCCCCGACACCGCCCACGUGCCGCCCUACCCCAUGAAGAUCGCACCCCCUGUGGUGCUCCCCUCCCUCACAGGCUCCCCGGACUCGCGGUACAUCCGCGUGGAGACGUGCAUGUUCAUGGUGAAGCUCCCUCAGUACUCCUCGCUGGACACCAUGCUGGAGAAGCUCCGCUACGCCAUCCACUACCGGGAGGACCCGCUCAGCGGCUGGGGGGGCCCCCCCCCCCCCCUCCCCAG